CCAAAUGUUUAUUACUGAAUUAAAGAAUGAAAAAGGCAGCUUUUGUCCCCUAAUUGAUGCGAUUGAUAGAUAAAGCCUUAUUACCUUUUCCUACCACCACCACCACCAUAAAACACGCACAAAAAGUGGCUGGAUGCUUUUUCUUUCUUCUUUACCUUUAUCAGAUUCACAUUCCAUUUCUACCCCUGCCCCAUCUAUCAAAUGGCAUCUUCUUCUUAGUUUCUUCUCGUAUUCUUGUUUUGUUGUUGUUGAUCUGAGACAAUUAUAAAUCAUUAUGCAUGACUGGGCGGCUCCUAUUGUAGCUGCAGCUCUGUUUGCGUUUCUAGCGCCAGGGCUGGUGUUUCAGAUGCCUGGGAAUGAAUCGCCAAUUGGUUUCAUGAACAUGAAGACGAGUGUAAUCUCCAUGUUACUUCAUGCAGUGCUCUAUGGUUUGUUUCUUAUUCUGCUUCUUGUCAUACUAGACAUACAUAUUUAUGCUUAGCAAGCACCACUUACUGCUAUUGUAUUGUAUUCUUCAUUCAGCUUAUUAAUAACAACUCUUGUAAUUUCUCUUUC